UCAACCGGAGCUCCACCGUUAAAUAACAGCAGGAGGUUUAAUCCUCCCCGUGCGGCUCCGGUGGGAGGCGGCUCGGAUAUUAGUUGUGCAGAGUUGAUUCUGUUGACUGGAACACGUUUGUUGGAUCACAGCGUUGGUGUUUUUUAUUUGGCUGUUUAAACAUGUCGGUGGUUUUUCUUUCUUCUGGAAUAUUAACGGACGUGUUGGACUUCUAGCAUCUAACUCUGGUCUCACUCUGUUACUGAUCAAAGAAACGGACGAUGUUUCCAAAGUCAGUGAAUAAUCAGCCGCACAAGAAAACACAUCUGACCAACCACCAGUGCAUUUAUUGAUCAGUCGAUUGACAGAAAAUUAAUCUGCAACUAUUUCAGAGAUUAAUAAUCGAUUAAUUGCUAAAAACAUGAUGGUUUUUAGAAUUUUGAAGUGAACAUCUGUGAGUUCUGGUCUGACACGACAUCUGAAGACGUCUUUGAUAUUUCAUGGACCAAAACGAUUCAUCAAACAGAUAUCAGAAUAUUCAUCAAUAAUGUAAACGACUGAAACAUGAAGUCUGUUUCAGUUUAGUCUUACACAGUGAACCACGAGCCUUCGGGCCCCUGAAGGUCCGACUCAGACCCCGCAGCUGUUUCCUGUUUUUGUUCGACAGCGUCACCGACGAGACUCUGAUGGAACUUUGUCUCCUCUCUGCUCUGCGGCCUUAGAUGCUGCCGUUGCCAUGGCGACAGAUCCAGCGGGUGUAGCAGAUGGUGUUGAUGAUGGAUGAAGCAUCAUGGGAGGUGGCAGAUGGACGAGCCGGGCGUGGGCCGAGCAGUGACACACACACACACACGCACACACACACACAUCAUGGAACAAGGCUUCAGUUUACAUACACUGAAGAAGCUGGCGGCAGAACCAGACUACACUGAUGUGUCACUGACAGCAGCGGAGCGCGUGCGGGCGCUGGGGAAGAUGGGAUGCAGCGUGGAGAUCAACGAGGACAUCGAACCGCGCCGAUACUUCCGGUCCGGCGUGGAGAUGGAGCGCAUGGCGGCGGUUUACCUGGAGGAGGGCAGUCUGGAGAACGCCUAUGUCCUCUACACCAAGUUCAUCACGCUGUUCGUAGAGAAGCUGCCGGCUCACAGAGACUACCAGCAGUGCAGCGUUCCAGAGAAACAGCUCAUCAUGAAGAAACUUCAGGAAGUGGCGUUUCCUCGUAGAGACGAGCUGAGAAAGCGUCUUCAGGAGAAGUACAGCAGGGAACACAGCGACUACCUCAGAGCCCAGAGCCAGGCGGUGGUGGUGGAUGGGUGUGGCCAGCAGCUGCAGCGCCUCUCCCUAUUGGAGGAGGACAGGAGGCGGUUCCUGCUGUUGGAGGAGGAGCGUCAGCGUGUCGCCGCCCUGCGGCGCAUGCAGAUCGAGUCCGAACAGUUUCGCUACUUUGAGGACCAGCUGAGGCGUCAGGAACUGGCCAAUAGGAGAGGAGAGGAGGCGGAGCAAAAGGCGGAGAUCAAAGUGCCUGAGGUGACAGACGGCUCCUGUCUGUCUCAGCAGCCAAUCAGAGACAUAGUACGAUCCCAGGGGGCGGAUCCUAACAGGAACAGACCGCCUCCUCCCAUCAGCCAACCGGCCGCCACGCUGGCUGGAGUACACACUCAGAGGGUGGAGGGUCUGAGGCGGGUGGUGAUUCCCAGAGAUCUGACGUAUCGUUUCCUCCUGCUGGCUGACUCCAACACAGCCAGAGGAAUAGAAACCUGCGGAGUCCUCUGUGGACGGCUGCAACACAAUGAGUUUGUGCUGACUCACGUCGUGAUCCCCAAACAGUCGGCCGGUCCAGAUUUCUGCGACAUGGAGAACGUGGAGGAACUGUUCAGCUUCCAGGACCAGCAGAACCUGCUGACGCUGGGCUGGAUCCAUACUCAUCCCACUCAGACGGCCUUCCUCUCCAGCGUCGACCUCCACACUCACUGCUCCUAUCAGCUGAUGCUGCCGGAGGCCGUCGCCAUCGUCUGCGCUCCCAAACACAACGAUACGGGGGUGUUCAGGCUGAGCGGUCCGGGGAUGUCGGAGGUUUCUGGCUGCAGGCUGAAAGGUUUCCAUCCUCACUCCAAGGAGCCUCCUCUCUUCACUGUGUGCAAACAUGUGCUGCUGAGAGACUCAAAGAUCAGCCUGCUGGACCUCAGGUGACAGACAGGAGGCGCCGUCCGUCUGUUUACUGCCAGACUGCUGAUCUAACUGUGAACUCCCCGUGUGAGUGUGAAUGUGAGUGUGUGUGUGAGUGUGUGUGUGUGUGUGUGUGUGAGUGUGUGUGUGUGAAUGU